GACAAACAUAAGAGAAGAAAGAAAACGUUGAGAUAGAAGAAGAAAAUGAAAACAUUAUCAUCAUCACAUUCUUUCAAUUUCCUUCACCCUUCCAACUUCAACCCUUCUUCUUCAUCUUCUGCAUUUUCUCCUUCUUCUUCACUGUCAUUCAACAAACCUCAAAACAAGACUCCAACAACUAAAUCCGCACCCAGAACCUCCACCACCACCGUCACGCAAACCAGAAACCCAAACCCAAAACACAAAAUCAACAAGGUAUUCUUCUUAGACGUGCACUCUCUUUGCUACGAAGGAGGUAACCCUAGUUUGCAUUCUUUUGCUCAAUGGCUUUCACGUUUUCUGUCUCCUCAAGUCACUCGAACAUACCCUAUUAUAGCUGUUGUUGAGGGUAAUGGGGGAAGUGAAUAUCGGAGAAAGUUGCUUCCUUCUUAUAAAGCAGAUCGGGUAAAAUUCAUCAGAAAAAUUUCAACACCUGGUUUUAUUGGAAGGUUUCAUCCACUUAUCAGUGAUGUUCUUGGAAAAUGCAAUGUGCCUUUUGUGAAAGUUGAUGGCCAUGAAGCUGAUGAUGUUGUAGCUACACUUGCUGAACAAGUUCUCAAAAAAGGGUUUGAAGUAGCGAUUGCCUCCCGUGAUAAGGAUUUUAAGCAACUUAUUUCCGACAAAGUGCAAAUAGUUAUGCCUGUGCCAGAGUUACAAAGGUGGUGCUUCUACUCUAUGAAACAUUACAAAGAUCAGUAUAAUUGCGAUCCCCAAUCUGAUCUGAGCUUCAGAAGUAUUAUAGGCGAUGAAGCUGACGGUGUUCCUGGUAUCCAACAACUAGUCCCUAGUUUUGGUAGGAAAACUGCUCUAAAGCUUAUUCGAAAGCACGGUUCGUUGGAAGCUUUAUUAAACGCGGCUGCAGUAAGGACCGUGGGAAGACCAUAUGCACAAGACGCCCUUAAAAAGCAUGCUGAUUACCUACGGCGAAACUAUGAAGUUCUUGCCUUGAAAAGGGACGUAAAUGUUAAGCUUUAUGAUGAAUGGUUGGUUGAGAGAGACACACGCAACGAUACUAUUGUACUAUCCUCAUUGUUCAAAUACUUGGAAGAAAGUAAGGAGCGCUCAAACAAAUUACGAAUGAUGAGGAAUUAUUAGUUUACUGAGACACUUACAAUGGGUUCCAUGCAUGAAUGGUCAUUAUUUUUAUUGGUUUGUUUGUUGAUAAAUGUUAAUAACUUUACUUUCUGCAUUUCUUAAAUUUGUUAAGAGUAUGAAUUUUGAUUUUGUUUGCAUGCUCUAGGGAACUUGGUAACAUGUUUGGUCGCUAUAAAAACAAAGCUAGAUUUGUUGUCAAUGGUAUUCUGACAUUGUUGAGUAGC